CAAAGUCGCAGGGGCUCCUGUGAGCCAGAACCUAAAAGGCUACGUGUGCCUCCUGGCCAUUCAAAUUGUCAGUUUUAGGUACAGAAGUAUCCAAACCACAAGUUCUCAGUACUGUAUGAAAAAUGGCUCCUUGCAAGUCAAGCGGUUCUGAAAGGCAUUCUCUUGGAAAAGUCUGUGAAGACGCAAAGGAUUUUCCUGGAAAAAAAAAAAAAAAAGAAAAAAAAAAAGUGGUCAUGUGUAAAGACACAGCAUCUUGGCUGUCUGCUAAAAAAAUGUACAUGCUCUUGGUGGAGAUUGAACAGCGGACUGCAAAAUACCCCAUGGCAGAUUUUCGUCGUUUAAGAGAGCCCGGGCACCCAGGAAAGCCGGUCCGGGCGGGCGGCGGCAGCCGGGAGAGCCUCAGCCCCAGUCUUCGCGGUGGGACGAGGUCUGCCCGGAGAGGCCAUUGGAGGAAGAGUGCCACGUGACAGAGGGGUGCCAAUGUUAUUCUCCAAGGGUGUCAAGACCCUGUCAGUUUGCGAAAUAAAUAUUGGGAAACAACGAAAUGCAAAAAGCGACCUACUACGACAGCUCUGCAAUCUAUGGUGCCUAUCCCUACCAAGGAGCAAAUGGUUUCACUUAUAAUGCGAGUCAGCAGCAAUAUCCUCCGUCUUCGUCACUUGUGGAAACUGAGUACCACCGCCCCGCGUGCUCCCUCCAGUCCCCCGGCAGCUCCGUGUCCCACCACAAGGCCAAUGACAUCAGUGAGAGUUGCAUGAGGACCCUCCCCAGCCAGCCUCUCCAGCCCCCUAGCCUCGCGGACCCGCAGGCCCCACCGCAGCCACCUCCGGCCCAGCAGGCGCAGCCUCCUCCACCUCCGUCCUCCGCCUCACCAUCUCAAAAUGCCAGCAGCAACACUGCCCCGGCCAACCCCACCAAGAGCCCGGCUCUUAACUCGCCCACCAUGUCCAAACAGAUAUUCCCAUGGAUGAAAGAGUCUCGGCAAAACACAAAGCAGAAAAACAGCAGUUCCAGUUCAGGUGAGAGUUGUGCUGGUGAUAAAAGCCCUCCAGGGCAAGCCUCCUCUAAGCGAGCCCGUACAGCUUACACAAGUGCCCAGCUGGUAGAACUGGAAAAGGAGUUCCACUUCAAUAGAUACCUUUGCAGGCCACGAAGGGUAGAGAUGGCCAAUUUGCUCAAUCUCACAGAAAGACAGAUCAAAAUCUGGUUUCAGAACCGCAGGAUGAAAUACAAAAAGGAUCAAAAGGGCAAGGGCAUGAUGACCUCUUCAGGAGGACAGUCCCCAAGCAGAAGCCCUGUCCCUCCAGCCGCAGGGGGAUAUCUAAACUCUAUGCAUUCUUUAGUAAACAGUGUCCCCUACGAGCCCCAGUCGCCUCCGCCAUUUAACAAGCCUCAUCAAAACACCUAUGGCAUCCCUGCAUCAUAUACCGCUCCUCUUAAUAAUUGCCCACCUCCUCAAAAGAGAUACACGGGGACAGCAGCUGUGACACCUGAAUACGAUACUCAUCCUCUUCAAGGCAACGGUUAUGGGAAUCCACAUAUACAGGGAAGCCCCGUCUAUGUAGGGGGCAACUACGUGGAGACCAUGACCAAUUCUGGGCCUUCCAUCUUUGGUCUAACUCAUCUCCCUCAUCCUCCCUCUGCCAACAUGGACUACAGCGGGGCUGGGCCAAUGGGCAACAAUCACCACCACGGACCUUGCGAUCCGCACCCGACAUACACAGACCUUACCGCUCACCAUCCUUCUCAGGGAAGAAUUCAGGAAGCGCCCAAACUCACCCAUCUGUAAGAGACAGGAGUCACUAAGUGGAACACGAAGCCCCCAACUUUUUAGAAGUACUCACACCUUCCUCUCUCUCUUCUCAUCGCCAUGUGCCCUCCCCUCUCUUUCUUCUUUCUUUUGUUCGUUUUAGUUUGUUUUGUUUCCUUUGGUAAGAGCGUUUUCUAGUUUAUGUGACGUAGCAAUAUUUGUUGCUUGAAUUGCUCUAUAGUUUCACUAGUGGAUAUUUAUCUUCUUGAACUGUAGCCUUGUGUCUCACUUUGGGAGUAUACAUAGGCUUUAUACUUUACCUUCUACACUUUUAUCAAAACAGGGUAUAUGAACAAAUUUUCUAUAAAAGGAAUUCUUAAAUGUGAAUUUGUUCGUACAUGAUUGAUCCCACGGGGAAGCAAUUUUUUUAUUGCACUUCUUUUAAAUAGCGAGAAAGACAUCAAAAGCGCUUGGACAGGGACUCCCUGGACAAUUAUUAAUACGUGUAAGUCUUUCAAUGUGUGUAUGCUGGUGAACAUUCAGAUUUAUUUAUAUAUUUUUUUUUUGCAAACAUUGAAUAAUCUAAGUGUUUAAAAUUUUAUUUAUCCCCAUUUGUUCAUAUUAUAUAUAUAUAAAAAAUCUGUACCCUGAAUAUUCAGGAGGUAUUUACCUGGCCAUACGUUAGAUGGCAUAUCGGCACGCGUAGGAAAUACCAUUUGAAAGGAAACUAUAACUCCUUUAUUCAAAAUGAUGAUAACGAUGAUGAUGACGAUGCAAUAAAAUCUGGGAAAAAAAAAUAAAAGAUCACAGUUUGAAUAAUUUAUGCUUGUAACAUCCAGCUAGGUGGAAAGCGUGUAAAGCUGAAAAGGCUAGAUUUGUUUUGAAAGUUAUACAUUCCUUGCUGCUCACGUUCUGAAAAAAAAAUAAAGUUUUUAUUC